GCAUGCGCAUUAUAUUCUACUGAUGGAUCCUCAGUGUAGCGGCAUAUUUUGUGAACUGUGAAUUAUUUUUGACAACUUGUUUUCCAUCACGUAUCCCGCCACAGCAGCAUUUCUAACGUUUGUUGAUUAGCCGAUAUUCCAUCGCCAUGAAUGAUACGAAUGCUGAAGAUGUGAGCAUGGCAAGCUUAUUCGCCCGAAAGUCCGGGUCCGUAGAGACAUCGUCAUUGUUUACGGAUGAGAAAAUAGUAACAGCUCGGAAUAAGAUCAUUGAAUGGGUAAAUAAAUGCUCGGAUGGAUCGGCUAGUGCACAACAGAAAUGUGAAGCAAUCACACAAAUACAAGAAGUCCUACUGCACUCUGAUUCGGAUCUUUUGGACGAGUUUAUCGAUAACAUUUUGAGUUUUUCGCAUGAUCCGGCACAAGACGUACGGCGAUGUGUGGUCGGUUUCAUUGAGGAGAUCAGUAAAUUGCACAUCGACUUUAUACCGCGUACGAUAAAUACAUUGGCUGGUCUAUUACGUGAUACUUCGCCGCAAGUCAUCAAGAGAGUAAUUCAGGCUGCUGCGGCUGUUUACAAGAACACAUUACUUUGGUUGGUUACCUUGGCUGACAUCUCAGAUGCUACCGAAUCAAGUUGGAAUACGCUCUGUCACAUGAAGGCAGAAAUUGUUGAUAUGAUCGAUCAUGACAAUGACGGUAUCCGUACGAAUGCUAUCAAGUUCCUGGAAGGGGUUAUCAUACUGCAAACACAUCACGAAGAAGACAGCAUGAAACGAGAAAAUGAUUUUUCGCUCGACGAUAUUCCGUUAACGCUGAAAAUCGCUCGUCGACGAAAAUUGGAAGACGAAGCAAGGAACAUUUUCGAUUCCUUGUUGAAAUUCCAUGCCGCGUCGCACAUUUCAUCGGUUAAUCUGAUCGCUUGUACCGGUUCACUAUGUACAAUUGCUAAAAUGCGUCCAGUUCUUAUGAAUGUGGUCGUUGAUGCGCUGAAAAAUCUUCUCGCUAACCUACCACCAACACUGACCGACUCUCAAGUCGGUUCCGUCAGGAAGCACUUAAAAAUGCAAUUGAUCAACAUACUCAAACAGAAUGCGGCCUACGAGAUGCAACAAUCGAUUAUCGCAAUGCUGAUCGAUUUGGGUGCCAGUAAUCAGGAGAUCAGCAAAGCUUUGCCGAAAAUGAACAAGCAAGAGCAACAAAGGCGAGCCAAACGAGCCCUGGAGAAUGCUACAGCGGCCGCUGCGAAACGAAUUAAAUUGGAAAAGGACAAGGCUCCGGCGAAACGGCAAAUGGAGAUCGACUACGAUGAAGUGGAAGAGCAGAAAUUACGUUCGAACAAAAUGAACGAAACGUUUAUCGUUGAGGCAUUGCAGAGAGAAGAAACCAUCGUUGAUCUUACGAUGGCAUCGAUGCGCCACUUACCGAACGAAAUGCCCGAACAAUUUAGGAAAGGGUACAAACCGAUUAUGGGUCUGACGACACAACAAGUUGUUCACAAAAUAGCUGAAGGUUUAGCCGUGAUGAUGACUGAAAAACGAAUUGGACCAGGAGCAUCUCAAAUAACCAGAGAUCCGCCGAUGAAGGUUAAAGUGACGUUGGAAGAAGAGAAAAACAUUAUUUUGGGCAUGCGAAAAGACGCUUUCGAUAUCGACGAAGAAAUGCUGGAUUUAACACACGAAAAGUCCGCGGAAGAUAUUGACGCCCGACGAGAGGAAGCAACAAAAAAACUUAGAGAGAACAUGGAACGUUUGAAGGGUGAGCAAGCUAUGAUACCAAUGAUGAAGCAACGUGCGAAAUCGCUUAAACUACAAGAAGUCACCAAGCCUAUGUCGCGUACGGUUAAAGAAAAAUUCUUGCUGGAUGCAGUUGCGAGAAUUUUACACGCUGAACGAGCAAGUAUUGUUGGCGGAGUAUCGGUGAAACGGCGGAAAAUUUUAACGGUUAUGGCAGCAACGUUCACUGGUAGUGUCAGAGAAACAAUCAUUGACUUCAUACUGAAAGAUCUCAAAAGUCGAAUCGAUUUGGCGUUUUCAUGGUUGUUCGAGGAGUACAGUCUGUUUCAAGGAUUCACCAGACACUCGUAUAUCAAAACUGAACAGAAGCCAGAUUAUGCUUACAACAGACUGUUGAAUGAAUUGAUCGUUGGUGUCAGUGAGUGCAGAGACAUCGAGGUGAACAAGGAACUGAUUUUGCGGAAAAUUUUCUUAGAAGCUCCAAUACUAUCGGACGAAUCCAUAGAUCAGUUGGUAACGAUGUGUGAACUGACCGAAUUUUCUGACUGUGUAAUGAAUCUGGUAAAGGAUCUUGCCGUUCAUCGACCACCGAAAAAACAAAAAUUUCUGCAAAUACUGCUCCGGUAUUCCGUGCACGAGAACCUAAUCCUCCGCGAAAAAGCAAUCGAGAACAUUUUGUGUCUGUACGCAGAGCAUAAGAUUAUGAUGAAUAAAAUCGAGGACCAUGCACUGAUGUGGCUAGGUUACUUAGAAAAGGCAUCGCCACCGGAACCCAUGUUCAGUGCAGAUUUCGGUCGUCCGGAGCCAAUGGCUGUGUGGAACGAACUAUUAGCGAAAGUUUGUUUGUCUCUUCUAUUCGCGUUGAUGCCCUAUUUUGAGAAGUUGAUCGACAAUCUAUGUGGCAUUUAUGUCGGCACUUCCGCAGAAAUGAAACGGACCAUACUGAAGGCCAUUGAAGUACCGGUGAAGAAAAUGGGUCCUGACAGUGCUGAGAUACUAAAAUUAAUUGAAUUGUGUCCGAAAGGCUCAGAGACAUUGAUAACACGAAUCAUCUACAUUUUAACCGAGAAACGAAUGCCGAACGCUGAACUUGUGAAACGAGUCCGUGAACUGUACCAGACUAAGGUAUCCGAUGUGCGUCUACUCAUUCCGGUCAUAAAUGGAUUGUCCAAGCAAGAAGUGAUCAACGCAUUACCUAAAAUUCUAAAACUAAAUCCUACGAUCGUCAAAGAAGUGUUCGGUCGUCUGCUUGGCGUGGGCAAAGAGUUAGACAACAUAACUCUGCCGUUAUCUGCCAUUGAGCUCAUGGUAGCGUUGCACACGUUGGACACAACCAAGGUCGAAAUAAAAUUCGUUGUCAAGGCAACAACACUUUGUCUUGCUGAAAAGGACUGCUACACACAAGAUGUUUUAGCCAUUGUGCUUCAACAGCUCGUCAAUUUAACGCCGCUACCCACACUAUUGAUGCGAACAGUCAUUCAAUCGCUAACGCUCUAUCCCCGAUUGGCCGGUUACAUAACAAAUCUUCUGCAACGAUUGAUACCGAAGCAAGUCUGGCGGCAAAAACUGAUUUGGGACGGAUUUCUCAAAUGUUGUCAACGAUUGAAACCGAAUAGUUUCCCAGUUCUCAUGAACUUGCCACCGCCCCAAUUGAUCGAAGCAUUGAACACUUGCCCGGAGCUGCGUCAGCCAAUGAUUGACCAUGCGAACAGUUUGAUCGAAUCACAAAGUGGAGCGGUGUCGAAGAUAACGAUGGACAUUUUGUUGGGCAAUUCACAGGAUCUUUUCAUUACGGAAGUUUCUGGUGUUCCCGAUUAUGGCCUCAUUCCCGCACAGAGCAUCAAAGUGGAAGUGGAAGAAGAUGCAGAUCUGUUUGGUGGCUCCAUGCAACCGUUACCACCAGGCGAAGAUGUUUAAUUUCGUUUAUGUUUUCAAACAAACACCAAUCAAAAAUGUUAAUAAAAGGACCGAUGGUAUUCAAA